GAGGGAUUUUUUAGCGUUGUAACGAACUUCAUUUAUUUUGUCUUGCAGGUCGAGCAAACAAUUUUAAGUGAGUGCAUGCACAGUUUUGACGAAUAUUAGCAAUAUUACCUUUUAUGUAAAGUAGUAAUUACGGUUUCAAAACAUAUGCGUUAUAUGGAGUUGUAUUAAAACAGUUUGUGCCUGUCUUUCACAUGAAUAUGCGUGUACGUUUUGUAAAUCAAAUGGUUCGUGUUUUCGCCCCUCCCCUACAAAACACCUUUCUUGCAAUAGUUAAUCCGUAUGAGUGUCUUUGUCUUAUAGAUUAAUUUGUCCUCGCGAAAAAAACAUUUAUGGAAAGUAUCCAUUCAGAGGAAAGAAACCCAUUUGCAAGCGAUUUGUAUAAACAUCGUAUUUCAAAAUUCAAUGUGUGAUACAUGUCCGCUUAGUGUCUUCCCAUGUAAUUCGCAACCGCGUUCUUUCGUUCCCAUAUAUUUUGUACCCGCUUUCAUUUAUGAGCGUGUUUGUCAGGAUACUCUGAUAUUAAUUGUAGUUUAGCUGCCUAUAUAAGUUAUGUAAACAUAUUACAAGUAGUUCAAGGAACAGUCGUAGAUUUGGUCAUUAAUCAAGUACGAAAUAAAAGCAAACAAAAACAAAUCUGUUCGCAUUAUAACACGUUAAUAUCAUAUUAAUUCACUUAACCAUCAUUUUUUACAGGACGAUUCCCCGAGUCUGAAACGCCGAAAGACCGUCAUCAGAAUCACGAAGCGCCGAAAACAGAAUCAGGGACCCAGUGGCGUUUCGGGCAUUGAAGUUCCGGCGGGGCCGGGAGACAACCUGGGAAGCAAAUUCAUGAAGAAUUUUAUGGACCUCGUCAACGACCUACGCAACAAGCGAGUGAGCCAAACAAGCGAACAUAGCGAAGGUGCUUCCGGUAAGUUCGGUCGCCGGAAGGGAAGCAGCGGCAACAAACGAAAGAGCAAGAAGGCUAUGCGCGCAACCAACUCGAUACAGAACGACAAGCGAAUUGUGCUCAGCAAGGCGGAGGCCAUUGAGACGAAACUCCAGAAGAUUAACCGCCGACAUGGGGCGGAGGGCACGACCGGCAAGGUUGACACGUGGCUACAUCUCGUUCGCGAUUUGCUGACACAGUCUCGGAUGAGCCUGAACACGAAAGGCGAAGAGGAGAAGCGCAGCUCGCUUCCUUGGCGGAACCGCCUUAGUCGCUCCAAUUCCAUCGAUGCGAUGCCGAAAGACGAUGUGAAGCUUAAGAGUCUUCCGAAGCGCGGCAGCUAUGGCGGCUCGUCAACGUUGAACAUAAUUGCCGACAGCGAGGAGCCGGAUGUCCACGUGCUCAGCCAGCCGCGUAGUAGCGAUGCGGAUACGAAGAGAGACAGCUUGUUGGAUACGUAUAAAGAUGUGGUAGUCGCGAUGCGACCUAAGUCGGACGCGUCCGCUGCUUGUAAGACUUCGGGUAGAGAUUUAAAGUCGAAUAAAUUAUCGGCGGAAGUUCGACCGUUUUCGACCAAUAAAACACCGCGCAUCAGGGAGGACGAUGCGCGCGCAAACUCUAUCGAGUCGGAAUCGGAAGCAUCCGACAAUUCCGGGUCUAAUUCGCAAGCGCCCUCUGUGACUUUCAACGACCACCCGGAGUUCAUAUCGAAUUUCAGAGAGGCUCAGAGCGUUAGUGUUUCGGCUCCGAAUGAUGUAUUUAUUGACGAAAGUUGAUGACGUAAUCUGGCAAAAUAUCGUACUUGUGUAAACUAAUUAAAUGUACAUUAAGUUAAACUACUUUUCGUGAGGGAUUCUUUAGCGUUGUAACGAACUUCAUUUAUUUUGUCUUGCAGGUCAAGCAAACAAUUUUAAGUGAGUGCAUGCACAGUUUUGACGAAUAUUAGCAAUAUAACCUUUUAUGUAAAGUAGUAAUUACGGUUUCAAAACAUAUGCGUUAUAUGGAGUUGUAUUAAAACAGUUUGUGCCUGUCUUUCACAUGAA